UGGGACAGAGAGUAGCUAAGGCGAACAGAGAGGGAAUCAAGCCGAGCCCCACGGACCAUCGCCACCCGUGUGUAUCGCACUAAAAUGUGACUCUGGCCAGCAGCACCGGGAGCCGUGUGAGCGCGAGCGCGAGAGCGAGAGAGAGUUGUGUGUGCCGGAAUUUUCGUUAGUUUAGAAAGCAACAACUGCGUUUUUUCUCACUUUGUAGCUAAGCCAAUAAGUCAAUACUGUUUAUCGGAUAUUUUAAAAAAUCAAAGAGAAAGUGAAAGAGUAGGAACAUUCUAUAAAAAAAGGAGGAUAUCUGCUUGAGCGACUCGCAAAAACUGUAUAAAAAAAAAAAAAAAACAUAUCAUUUUCUUGUAAUUGAGAAUCGCCUGAUCCGAAAUUCUUUAGAUCAUAGUAUGUUCGACUGAAUAGUGAAAAAGAAGAGCCAGCGGAUCUAGUGGAUGAAUAGAAGAGAUACGAAUCAUGUCAUGCAAAUUGUAGACAGAUGUAUUGAGUACAUAUAUAUGCGUAGAAGUAGAAAAAGUGUACUUUGUUAUUCCAUCGUUACAAUCGUUUAUUCGCGUUCCCUUGCUACGUGAAAAACAAAAUUGUUACACGGAGUCACCCAGUCAACUCCGAUGAUCAUCCUGGAUUAGUGUACUUUCGCACCACUCCGCUGUGAACUGUGAUUCCUUGUGUCGUGGACGAAAAGCAGGGUGAUCGCGACGACGGGAUAAACGAGGAACAAUGAAGCUCGAAUUGAUGGAUCGGGAGAAAGGCCUGGAGCUCUUCGGGAAAUUUAUACGAACGAAAAAUGUGGAGAGUCUUCAGGAUGACCAGGAAAAAACUGGACCUGAGCCACUGCAUCCGACCGAUUCCAAGCAGAAAUUACAGAAGUGCCUGACGACUCUGGACUUGACAUCCUUGGGAGUUGGCUCCUGCGUUGGGACAGGAAUGUACCUAGUCGCGGGGAUGGUGGCGCGCAGCGUCGCCGGCCCAGGUGUCGUCAUCUCGUUCAUAAUUGCGGCCAUUGCUUCCAUUUUUUCCGGAGCAUGUUACGCCGAGUUUGGAGUACGAGUGCCUCACACGACUGGCAGCGCUUACAUGUAUAGUUACGUGACCGUAGGCGAAUUAAUAGCAUUCAUUAUAGGAUGGAACAUGAUAUUGGAGUACCUUAUAGGUACGAGCGCGUGUGCCUGCGCCCUUAGCGCCUGCUUGGACGCCCUCACGGACGGUGCCGUUUCCGGGGCGAUAGCAAACAGCGUGGGAACCAUUUUUGGUCGACCACCCGAUUUCCUCGCGUUCGUCAUUACUAUACUGAUGAUGCUGCUAAUGGCCGCGGGCGUGAAGAAAUCCCUGGUGUUCAAUAACGUGUUAAACGCUAUCAAUCUCGCCAUUUGGGUGUUCGUCAUGACGGCGGGAAUGUACUAUGUGGAUAUUGAUAAUUGGAACGAGCAUGGGGGCUUCUUUCCUUAUGACUGGAGUGGUGUGUUCACCGGUGCAGCGACGUGUUUUUACGCGUUCAUCGGCUUCGAUAUAAUAGCAACUACUGGCGAAGAGGCGACAAACCCAAAGAGGAGCAUUCCUCUCGCUAUAGUCUCCUCGUUGAUCAUAAUACUCACCGCCUAUGUCACUAGUAGUAUGAUGCUAACGUUAAUUGUCCCAUAUGAUGAAGUGGAUCAAGAUUCAGCACUGGUGGAAAUGUUUGGUCAAGUUGGAGCUUACAAGUGCAAGUAUAUUGUGGCAGUUGGUGCAUUGGCUGGAUUAACAGUCUCCAUGUUUGGUAGCAUGUUCCCCAUGCCUAGGAUAGUCUAUGCUAUGGCUCAGGAUGGUCUUAUAUUCAAGAGUCUGAGUCAAGUAUGGCCCAUAACAGGUACACCAGCCAUAGCAACACUGACUUCUGGCGUGUGUGCAGCCAUGGCUGCACUGCUCAUUCAAUUAGAGGUGUUGGUAGAGAUGAUGUCUAUUGGUACCCUGCUGGCUUAUACUCUAGUGUCUACUUGUGUAUUGAUUCUGCGUUACCAACCCCAUUCUACCAAUCUGGUAGAAUUGCUACCGCAAAGUUUAAGAACACCAUGUCGAUCACCGACAAAGGAGAAUCAAGGAAAUGGCCAGGUAAAUUACGGGAAGGAGCUGAGACCCGAUCAACUGACUACUGCUCUAAAUUCUGUCCAGGCUGCACAAUCUGAUCUUGCUGCAGCAAACAGUGGCCAACGUAUCAUGGUAAGACGUGUAAGAAGGUGCAACAGCUCUUCACCAGACUCUGAUGACACAUAUGGUGCAGAGGAGGAUGAAGUUGGUUUGGGUAAAGAUGAUCAAUAUUUGGUCAGUGAUAGAACUGAGAACAAAUUCUACGGUAGUGUGCAUGCAGCUGCAGCUGCAUCUAGCUGUGGCAGUACACAUCAAUACCCAGGAAAUACACCAAUAAUAGGGCCACCUUUGAAUUAUCUCCAACGUCGAUUACAGGCGGCACAAUAUCUUUGUCCUGCCAUCUUCCCUUGGGUGGACAGGGGCCCAGCAACGGAGGCAUCAGGUCGUUAUGUCAUGAAAUUAGUAGGAAUACUUUACUUGCUAAUCGUCAUCUUCGACUUAAUCGUAGUUUGCGGCAUGGGACAUAUGGGGACAUUUACUACAUUGUUAAUGUUCGCUUUUCUCUUUGCCAUUAUUGGGAUAUUGCUUGCCAUUAGUAGAAAACCACAGAACAGGAACAGUGUGAUGUUCAUGACACCAGGUUUGCCAUUCGUACCUGCGAUUGCCGUCACCGUGAAUAUAUACCUCAUCUUCAAGCUGAGCAUCCUAACUCUCGUCAGAUUCACCGUCUGGAUGAUUCUCGGUUUCAUCAUGUACUUCUAUUACGGUAUCAAACACAGCACUCUGGAGGAAAGAAACGCUUCAGACAACUUGGAAGAGACUGUUUCAGCCGGGAAUAUCGAGCUGACGGUAACAGAUACGCAAAAGCAGCAGCAACAACAACAGCCGUCUUACACGACGACCGAUCGUAGUAUCUACGAGAGCCAGCAGCUUGAUGCGUUUGGGCAGCCUGUGUUUGGCAGCACAAACUUCGGUGGUACACCGAGUCAAAGGCCAGUUAUUUCUGGCCAAUCGUCGCUGUUCAUUGAUCAGGAGAGUUUUCCCACCUGGGAUGAUUGAACGGCUACAGGCGUCG